AUGGAUCCACGUUUGCAUAGAAGAUCCGAGGCUGAAAAGGGACCGAGCGAUUUGAUCGUUGAGUGGUUAAAUGAGGCCUCCAUAAGUAUCACUGAGGACAUUAAAGUCACAAACAUAUGUAAAGUACAGGAACUUUUGUUGAAUAAGGAGCCACAUUUGUUAGAGUGUUACUUAACCGAUAUUCUACAAUUCUCUAUAGAUAGAAGCUCUGAAGUUAGAAAGACCAUUACAGGAUUUAUCGAAGAAUCUGGAAUAAAAUAUCCAGAGGUAAUCCCUCGUACAGUUCAAAUACUCCUUAGAUUAGCGUCCGAUGAAACUUCGGUUGUAGCUAAACGUGCUCUUAGAGCCAGUGGCAGAAUUCUCAGAGCUGCUCUCAAGUGGAUCGCUAGUGCUACUGUUGUUACGACAGAUAUGGAAUUAGCAUGGACACAGCUAAGUGCUCUUAAAGUUCAAAUUAUUAAUAUGAUUGACAGUGACAAUGAUGGAAUAAGAACACAAGCUGUAAAGUUUCUUGAGGGCGUUAUUUUAAUACAGACAUAUCCAGAUCCCGACAGUCCAAAGAAGCCUGAUGAUUUCUCUCUCGAGGAUAUUCCUCUAACAUUGAAAAUAGCUCGUAGACGAAAAUUGGAGGAAGAAGCAAAUCACGUUAUGGAUUUAUUGAUUAAAUUUCAUGGAUCUCCACAUGUUAGCAGUGUCAAUUUAAUGACAUGUAUGGGAUCUUUGGCAUUAAUUGCCAAAAUGAGGCCACAGUUUAUGUCAAAUGUAAUUCAAGCGUUACAAAGAUUGCAACAUGAUCUACCACCAACACUGUCUGAUUCUCAAGUAACUAGUGUACAGAAACAAUUAAAACUCACACUUCUUGGAUUGAUGAAACAUCCUGCUAGUAUAGAGUAUGCUUCAACUAUUGCUAAACAGUUGACUCAACUUGGAGCAAAAGAGCAGGAAAUUAUUAAAGCUUAUCCAAAACCAGAAGAUGUCCGUCGGAUAAAAAAACGUCAACAGGAGAUAGCUGCUACUGCUGCGAAACGAGUAAAAGUUGAAGUGAUAAUAGAUGAAGCAGAAGUGGCUACUGUUCCUGCGCCUAAAUUACCAGACUUAAUUGAACUUUCUGAAAGUUUUAUUGCCGAAAGACUCAGUGUAGAAAUUGCAACAGAUUUGGUAAUGGAUAGUAUGGCAUGGGUUCCGGAUACUAUGACUACAAUUUUCCAAAGAGAAUAUCAACCCACAGCAACUACUGAUAUUAAUAUACAACGUCAAACAAUUGCUAAACUUCUAGCAACACAAAUUAAACAGGCUAAAGCAAAAAAGAACAAAAGAGAUAAAGAAGAAGAUGCCGUAAUGGAAGAUUUAAUUAAAAAUCCCACAAUUAGUGUAGCUGAGGCAAAGCGGGAGCGUAAACGUGAAAAAGAUCGGGAGAAAGAGAAAGAAGCAAAAGCAUCAUUAGAAGCUCAUGAGAAAUCACUUGCAAAAGCCAGAAAUCGUAUGAAGGCGUUGAAAUUAGUCGAAGUGACAAAACCACUUCCGAAGGAAAUUAAAGAACGGAUGUUAUUGAUGGCAGUUAAUAGGAUAUUACUUUCAGAAAAGAUUGCAGUUUUUGGUGGUGUAGCUACUGUAAGAUCCAAGAUUCUGACUACGCUAGCAGCCACUUUCAAUCCUUACAUUAAAGAAGCUGUUUUACGUUAUAUUACUGAUGACAUGCGAAAUCGAUUAGAUUUAGCAUUAGGUUGGCUAUAUGAAGAAUAUGCAUUGCUACAAGGAUUUCAAAGGCGGACUACAUUAUGUACAAAACCACAAGAAGCUCCACAUCAGGCAUAUAAUUUCUUAUUGUGCACUUUAGUUUCAGCUAUUGAUUUGAUUCAGGGUAAAGAUCGUGAUACUUUGUUAUCCAGGCUUUAUUUGGAAGCACCAUUAAUAACAGAAGAUGCUGUGGAGGCUUUAAAAAUGGUAUCAUCUGACGAAACUAGAGGUCUUGCACCAUUACAACUUCUGAAAGAAAUGGUAGUGCGUAGACCAACUAAACAACUGGUAUUUUUAAAUGUUUUAUUGUGCCAUACUGGACAUGAAAACAAUACGAUACGAGAAGCUGCAAUACAGUUAGUUUGUCAGUUAUACAGCCGAGUAGAGUUAAGUAAACUAAUCGAGGAAUACGCAGUACUAUAUUUAGGCUUUUUACGCCUUCAUAAUCCACCGGAAAUUGUUUUCGGACAAGAUAGAGGCAGGCCGCAAAUCGAGAGUCUGUGGACUGAAUCAACUACACGUGCCUGCUUAGGAUUGUAUCUUGCUCUUCUCAGUGAACAUCAAGAUCUGAUUCACGAAUUAGCUAGAGUAUAUACGUCAAUGGGAGCAGAUGUGAAACGUAUUGUAUUAAGACUGGUAGAAGGGCCAGUGAGAUCUUUAGGUAUGGGUAGUCCACAACUCCUCGCACUUGUUGAAAACUGUCCAAAAGGAUCUGAAACUUUAGUCACAAGGAUUAUACAUAUUCUUACAGAAAAGUCUGCCCCAAGCGCAGAGUUAGUAGCCAGAGUACGCGAGUUAUAUCAGACUAGAGUUUCAGAUGUCAGAUUUUUAAUACCUGUCCUGAAUGGACUCACAAAGAAAGAAGUAAUCGCCGCAUUACCAAAAUUAAUCAAAUUAAAUCCUAUUGUCGUAAAAGAGGUAUUUAACAGGUUACUUGGGACACAUAAUAAUGACAGUGGAGUUCCUCAUACAUCGCCUAUUACGCCUGCGGAAUUAUUGAUAGCUCUGCAUAGUAUAGAUCCAAGCAAGGCUGAAUUAAAAACCGUCAUUAAAGCAACAUCUCUUUGUUUUGCUGAGAAACAAGCGUACACGCAGGAAACAGUCGCCGUUGUGAUGCAACAUCUUAUGGAAAUGACACCUUUACCGACAUUAUUAAUGCGUACAGUCAUACAAAGCUUGGCCCUUUAUCCCAGAUUAAGUGGAUUUGUUAUGAACAUACUUCAACGACUGAUUCUGAAGCAAGUAUGGAAACAGCCAAAAGUGUGGGAAGGCUUCGUGAAGUGCUGCGAACGUACGCAACCACAAAGUUUCGCCGUUAUUUUACAAUUACCACCGGCACAGUUAGCAGAGGCUCUUCGGAUGGCGAGCAAUUUACGUGCUCCUUUGCUGACCCAUGUUGAAGCUUUUGCCGAGAAUCAGAAAGCACACAUUCCGCAAUCAAUAAUGGAUGUUAUACAGGGUAAAGUGCCCUGUGACAUGCUCGAUGAGUUUGAUAUUGCACCACGUGGUGAUUAUUCGAAUGAUCAAAAACCAGAUACAAUGGAAAUUGAUCUUUCGGAACCAGCCCCUCCCGGUUUAGAUUAGCAUAAAGUCAUUCCAGUGUUAGGACCAAAAACAUCGUUUACUGAGUAUUUUAACAUUGAUAAAUUUGUUUUGUAAAUGUACAGUAUUUUUUUUGCA